GGAAACAAAGGGCACCCUCAAAUUGGGUAAUUUGAGGAGAUUAAUAAAGGGAUUAUUUACAAAUGAGCAGAGGACAGAGAAGCCGUAAGGAAGUGCAGUACCCAACUUACCAGGCCUAGGCCUUGCAAGGCGAUGGAAAGAAGUGGUUACCAGGAGACAAGAGAGACCCUGACAGGAGUUAAGGAGCACAGCCAGUCCAUGGUCCCACAGCAAGGGCUCCGUCUCACUCUCCCUCUCUCUCAAUCUCCAGUGAAGGGAGAGGGCGUGGAACACCAUUGCUGUGUGGUUUGUUCAGGCCAGCCCCCCAGAGCCCACAGCAGGGUGAGCAAAUAAGUAAAAGAGUGAGUCAAUUUAAACAAAAGUUUUGAAUAAAUAAUAGUAUAGGUGCUAUUCAGGAAUGGCAGACAUUGUGACAAUGACUGAAAUUCGGUAAACACUAAUCCUGCUGAGUUGCAGCUAGCAAGUGCUACAUGAUCCAGAAAGGAGACUUAGGAAGCACAUUUCUUUCCAAAAUAGCCCUGGGACCUGUGCUCUUCUGCCUCCUGGUCCCCAAGCUGGAAUGGAAACUAAGGAUUGCCCAGUGUGGGCCUCCCUCCCGGAAAUCACUCUUUGUUUCUGUGGAAUGAAGGUAGAAAUGCUCUUGCCCUGGUAUGAGUUAGCUGGUUCCCAGCUGCGAGAGGCUCUCUGCAGAGGAUGUGACCCAGAAAAGUAAAGCACACCUGGUGGAAACCGCCUCUCCCUUAGAGCUGCUCUUCUGCUCCCAGGGACCUCCCUUCCUUUGCACCUUGCUCUGGCUGCUCUGAGAUGCAGGCUGAGCAUAUGGGAGGGGCUGGCAAUUGACAGUUAGCUGGAGUGUUCAGUUCUUAGCCUCGGGGAGGGCAGCUGGCUGCUCACUCAUCUCAGAACUGCCCUGGAACAGCUCCAGCCCAGACAAGGCAGGGCAGGUUGGAAAGCAGGUGGGAUCAAAGGUCUCUCUUGGCACCCGGGGCUGUCCCUCUUCUUAGAUUGGGCUCGAGAGCUUCGCAGGAAGUAUCUUCAAUUCAACAUUCCAGAUUGCCCCGACACAACAGAAGAGGGAGCUAACAUUUAUUGAGCACCUACUGGGUGCCCAGAGCUUUGCAUUGAAACCUCACAGAGACCUAUGAAAACAGUAUUAUCCCCAUUCUACAGAGGCUCCACGAGAUAAGUAACUUGCCUAAGUUCUCAUAGUGAGUGACAGAGCCAGGAGUCAAACCCAGGGCAGUGUGAGGCCAAAGCAAAGAGCCACAGUAGGGGAAAAACACAGCAGGCUUGUCCCCCGGAGACUUGUGCUUCCCUCUGCUCUGUCUGGACAUUGCACAGCUGCCUCUCUUUCCAGCCUGUGAGAAAAACAAGCUGAGGGAGGCCAGGGCCUCCCUUUCUGAAUCCACGCAAGGAUCAGACCAGCCAGCGUGUGGCAACGGCCAGGCAGCAUGGCCAACUGAGGGUGUCUAGAAACACCCAUAUGCUUGACGUCAUAGACCAAAGACACCAUAAAGAACUAGGAAACCGGUAGCACCCCCAUGGCCAGCCCAGCCCUGUAUAUGGAACUGACUGUAGUACUGUCAUGAAGCAUUCCUCUUUAAAAAAAAAAAAAAAAAAAACUUGGAGAAGGCAGGCAUUGUAUGCAGGUUCUGGAACAGCCCUCACCUGAGAAGGGGUCACGCUGGGCCUGGGUGCAGGGCCAGGAAGAAUUCCUUGAACAAUUGCAGUCCAAAAUAGAGGAAACAAAUGGUCAGAACAGUGACCACAAACUUGCCUCUCUCCUCAGCUCAUUUCCUGAGACAGGAAUACGGUUUAUUGAGCAAUUCCUCCGUACCAAGUCAUUUUGUUUGCAUUAAACCUGCUGGGUGGGUACUAUCAUUUUUCCUAUUUCACCCCUGCGUAAAGGCUUAGCAUGUGACUUGCCCAGAAACACACGGGCUGUAGGAGCAGAGUCAGGGUUUGAACCCCAGUCUGGCUGGCUCCCAAAUCUGCGGUUCCCCCGAGACCCUCUUCCUGCAGGGCGAUAAGUUUGGCGCAGCGCAGACGGAGGCCCUGCUGUGUGCCCCUCCCGGCCCCACAGGAGAUGUGGAGGGCAUCUCUGCAAGUGGUGGGGGCUGGAGGGAGAUGUCUAUAUUCUGAAAGGCCUGGAGAGAGAGAGAUAGGGCCUCCUCAGGGGGGGUCACUCCGGGCUUUGUGUUCCCCGCCCCCCCUGCCCCCAGGACUUAACCAAACAGCCCAGAAACAGGCUGUCCGGAGCUGCCCCAGAUGAUCACUUUGCCCCCAGCACAUUCCUGCUGCUCACAUGCGGAAGGGAGCAGCCUCUGUGCAGAGAUGCCUCGUGUAAAGCUCAUCGAUUUUCUGCUUCGUCAGAUCAGUUAGAGUCUGCGGCUCCCUUUGGAGAGCCCUCUUCAGCAAGGCCUAGCAAUCGCCUUGAGAGCCCCUGAGGAACUCCCCGUGGACCUCAGGGCAGCUGCUCCUGGUCUCCACGCAGGGAGCCUGCCCAGGUGCCACCUGCAGUUCACGUCUUCAAAGCCCGGCUACAGCACCUCUGGCUGUGUGACUUUGGGCAAGGGCCCUUACCUCCCUGAGGUUCAGUUCUGUUUCUGUAAAACGGGGAUAAUGAUGUUCCCUACUCCACAGGGUAGUGGUGAGGAUUAAAUUAGAUAAUGCAUUCCAAGGGCUUGGUAGGAGUGCUGGGUACAUAUUCGAUAUUUGGGAAACACGGGGGUGAUUAUUACUGCAAUCCUCCCAGCGUCUGGACCCACGAGGUUUGGUCUCCCAGCACUAAGAAGCACCCUUCUGCAAUCACAAGUCAUUUCAGAACAGUUCAAAUCCUUGGCUCGCCCUUGGGCAAAGUGAGAGCGGAGACCACAGUGACGUCCACAGCAGCACCGACCGAGAAUCCUCUGUCCCAUCUCAUCGCUUUCAUUUGUCUGCACAAGUUAAGGCAACGCUGUUCAAAGUUCCCACCCCCACUGCCUGCCAAAUUUCCUGGGGACAAUUUCUCUUCCUCUUUAUUACACAGAUUAACCGCGUGCAGACCCAAUCCUUCUCCAUACUACCGUCCUAUUUAUAGUCUUCCUGGACCAGGUAUUCUUGAUUCUGCAAAAGCCCAAAACAAGUUGAGCAAAGACCAACUCCCCUCCAGAUUGCGAAAAGAAGUUGAACAGGAAAAGGAAUGCCCUGGGGAGCAGGGGAGGCUGUGAACUCUGCCUGGCACGUUAUUUGUGCACUUGAAUUGCAGGCCCGCUCCCGUGCUCUGCCCCCAGCGCUGUUCUUGGAAGCAGCGUGCACAGGGGGCUGGGAAGAGUUGCAGGAGGAACCAGGAUCCGUGCCACUUUGCAUUCGGAUUUGCUUGUCUCCUGGAAACAGAGUCCCUCUGAAGACGCCUCCCCAGUCCUCGAGAUUGUGGCAGUGAGGUCAGCUCCGUGCCGGCCCCCACACUCCAUGAGGAGAGCGGACAAGGGAAGCAAGUCUGCCCUCCCUCCCCCUCGGGUCUCUGACUCCACAUUGAUAAAUACCGCACCUGGCUGAGAGCCUGCCAGCUCCUCAACAGCCCCAGGGGCCAUUUUGGGGGUAAGGGUGGCAAGAACUGAGAGUAUUGCCUCAUCCAUUACAGUCUAUCUCCUGCGCCACCACCCCCUCUGCCAGGGAGAGCAAAGUCUAAAGCCGGCUAACAUACUGCGGAAUUUUCAACUUUCACCCACUGCCCUGAAGAAGGUCUAACCACAGAGCCCCGCAGCCUGCCCUGAGGAGCGAUUCCAUGUGGGAGGGAAGGGCUGGGCUCCAAAGGAGGGCCGUCUCCGCAGGCCUCAUUUCAGGACCUUUCUCAAAGAACUCCUGCUGAGUCUGAAGUCUUCCAGGGCAACCCAGCUGGGCUGCCUCCCUAGGCUGUUCCCAAGUCGCAGUGACGACCCUGGGGUGUGAUGGGCCUACAAGGACAGUCAGCCCUCCUGGGUUCUGCAUGGGAGCCCUUCCAAGGGCGCUGGAUCUCGAUUGUCACCCAAGAUAUUUGUCGAGUGCCUAUUACGGGCCAGCAGCUGCUCUGGACUAAGGGAAACAGCGGUGAAGAUUCAGAUGGUACCUUCCUCGAGAGUAACCUCCACAUUUUACGGAAGAGGAAAUUGAGGGUCGGCCGGUCUCCGGCUGGUGGCUCUGGCCGGCGUUUCUGUGGCCGGAGACAGCGUGGCUCUGGGCAGCAGUGUAGACGUUCCGGAGCACGUGGGUCUGUUCGCCUGCCCCGGGUCCGCCUGCGCGCGCCGCCGGAGCCUCUCCACUGCCCCGCCCGGCUCGGAGCCCGCCCCCAGCCCGACCCAUACGUGGGUUCCCGCACGUCCUCCCAGUUCCCCCCUGACGUCAGCCGCGCGGUUCCAUUUAAGGCCCCUCCCGCGCCCCACUCCGAAUACCGGAGCAGCUGCCGCCAAGUCCGGAUCCACCGCCGCGCGCCGCCGACCCUCGCCUGCCCACCCGACGUGCACUCCUGGUACGGUCGGGCCCGGCGCGCACUGCGCCCGCGCCGGCGGGAGAGAGAGCUGCCCGCGAAGGGGUCCCUGCUCCCGGGGGGGUGUAGGUGCUGCUUCCCAGAGGCACAGUCUGGAGACCUAGGCGGUGGCCCAAGCCACGCGUGGGCUCGGAGCCUGCCGCACCCUGCUUUUACUCUAAGUGGGCACUGUGGCCUCUGGCCGGGCUGGGGAACCGAGGAGGUGGCCUCAUCUAACCUGGGGUCAAAAGUCCGGGUGGAUGCAGGACAAGAUGACAAAUCCGAAGGGUGGGGCAUACCUCCGGGCUCGAAAUCGGCAAAGGGCGGAGAACUCGAGGUCCGGUUCCGGAGCCCAUGGAGCUGA